GGUGGUGCUACUGGUGGUGGUGGUGGUGCUACUGGUGGUGGUGGUGCUGCUGGUGGUUGCUGGUGGUGCUACUGGUGGUGGUGGUGGUGCUACUUACUGCUGCAGCUGGUCCCAUCCCGUAACUGGGGGAUAACCCACCCACCCGUCUCUGUCAAUCCGGCAUGGGGCUUCUCACCGGCUCCGGAGUCCUCCUCCUCCUCCUGGGCCUCCUGCUGCACGGGGCUCACGCCGACGGGCUCGGAGGACACAAACUGCCGGAGGGAGACGACAGCUCUCCGUCGAGGACACAGCUGGAGGCGAUGGCGCAGUGGUGGGGCGAGUGGAGCACGUGGGUGGGCUGCUCGCGCACCUGCGGAGGAGGCGUCAUGUCCCAGGAGCGCCACUGCCUGCAGCAGCGACUUGGCGGAGGGCGUCUGCUCGCGUUGGGAGCCAAUAACUUAUGCACGGGACCGUCGCGCCGAUACCAACUGUGCAAUCCGCAGCCCUGCCCGCCCAACAGCCGCGGGUUCCGCGUCGAGCAGUGCUCCGUCUUCAACUCCAAGCCUUACGACGGCAAAUAUUUACAGUGGAUUCCAUUUUACCCAGACGACUACAUCAACAUCUCGAACAAGCCGUGCGACCUGCAGUGCACCACGGCCAACGGGGAGAGGCAGCUCAUCACGAGGGCGCGGGACGGCACCUCGUGCAAGGACAGGAACUUCCGCGGCGUCUGCAUCGCCGGGAAGUGCGAGGUCGUGGGAUGCGACGGAGUUCUCUACUCCUCCAAGCGGGUCGACAAGUGCGGCGUUUGCGGGGGCGACAGCAGCAGCUGCUUGCGAGUGACCGGGAACUACCGCAAAAUCAGUAACGACGUCGGCUAUGUCUAUGUGACCAACGUCCCGAUCGGCGCCACCGACAUCCAGGUCAUCGAAAAGAAACGCUCGGACAAUGUCCUUGCGCUUGCAGACGACUCUGGGAAUUUCUUUAUCAACGGAAACUUCAUCCUGGACAACCCGAGGAAUUUCCGCAUGGCCGGGACCGUCUUCAAGUACCGGAGGCCCUCCAACGUGCUCUCGGACGGCUUUGAGUACAUCGUGGCUGCGGGGCCCACCACGCAGUCCAUCAACGUCAUGCUGCUGAACGAGAACGGGCGCAUGCAGUACGUGACGUACGAGUUCACGGUGCCGCGCGUGCCCAUCACCAAGGCGACGCCGUCGCUGCCCGAGCGGCCGCAGUUCCUGCAGCUGCGCGACGCCGACAACGACGUGGACGACUCCCACGUGCCGGAGGAGGUGUCCCUGGAGCGAGGAGCGGGCGGCGCUGUGCACCUCCUGGUGGACAACUUCGUGGUGGCGCGCGAGCGACCCCCGCCCAGCGGCAACGACAUCGGCGAGCGCCGCGCCGCCGCUGCCGCCGCCGCCACGGCCGCCCACUCCGUGGGGGGGGGCACCGCGGCGGCGUCCCGGGGGGGGCCGGCGGCGCGCGCCUCGGCCGCCCCCCUCCCCGAGCCGCUCACGGCCAACGCGUCGCUGGCCUUCGCCUCGCGGGGGGCGGGGGGGGGCGGCUCCAACGUCGUGGCCAACGGCUCGGUGCUCGGGGCCGCCAGGGCACUCUUCGUAUCCGUGCGCAGGAGUCGGCCUCUCUCCUCGCUCGCCGCUGGGGGCCGCGGCUCGGAGCUGAGGAACGGGACGAGGGCGCUGGGCCUCGAGCGGGCCGACGGAGGAGGAUGGGGCCCCAACGCCCUCACGCUGAUGUCCUCCGGCAACGCCAACCGCAGCCUCGACAGAGCAGGGGGUCGCCCGUCACGACCCCAGCGGCCUCCCCAGCGGCCAGCCGAGGCCUCCGAGUCCGAAGUCAACGAGUACGAGCUGGGCGCGGUGGAGCACGACAUCAGCCUGGCUGACAUGUACCGCUGGAAAGUCUCGGCCUACGCUCCCUGCAGCUCCACGUGCACCACAGGCAUCUCGACGUCGUACGCCGUCUGCAUCCGCUACGACGGCGCGGAGGUGGACGAGUCGUACUGCGACGCGGUCACGCGGCCCGAGCCCACGCGCGAGUUCUGCGCCGGACGUGAGUGUCAACCAAGGUGGGAGCACAGCCGCUGGAGCGAGUGCUCGCGCUCGUGCGGCGAGGGGGUGCAGUUCCGCUCGGUGCGCUGCUGGCGCAUGCUGGCGCCGGGCUUCGACAGCUCCGCUUACGAGGAGCUGUGCGAGGCGGCCGAACUGCCGCGGCCCGCGGAGCGCAAGGCCUGCCGCUCCUCCGGCUGCGGCCCCCAGUGGGAGACGUCCGAGUGGUCCGAGUGCUCGGCGCGCUGCGGUGACGAGGGGGAGAUGCGCCGGGAGGUUCGCUGCUCGGCGGACGAGCGGCUGUGCGACGCGGCGUCGCGCCCCGCGGCGGCGCGCGACUGCACGGGGACUCCGUGCGACCGCCGCUGGAGCACGUCCGAGUGGGCUCCGUGCUCGGGGCCGUGCGGGGAGGGCACCGUGCGCCGCUACGUGACGUGUCGCAGCGCGGAAGGCAGCGUGCUGGGGGACUCGCAGUGCGACGCCGCCUCCAAGCCGCUCGCCGUGCACCCGUGCGGCACCAACUGCCCUCCCAGCUGGCUGGCGCAGGACUGGGAGGAGUGCAACGCGACGUGCGGGCGGGGCAAGAAGACGCGCCGCGUGAUCUGUGCCGGCACCGUGAACUCGGCGCUGCGCGAGUUCCCGCCGCCCGAGUGCGACGCCGGCACUCGGCCCCAGGAGGAGGCCUCCUGCUUCCAGCGGCCGUGCUCCAAGUGGUUCACUACUGCCUGGUCACAGUGCAGCAAGACGUGUGGCACGGGCAUCCGCGUGCGUGAGGCCAAGUGCUACCAGGGCGACGAGCUGGGCCAGGGCUGCGACGCGCUGAGCCGCCCCAGCACCAAGCAGAACUGCGAGCUGCAGGCCUGCCCCACCGAGGCCCCGGACGACCGGUGUCAAGACAAGCCGACGGCGAACUGUGUCCUCGUGAUCAAAGUGAAGCUGUGCGGCCACUGGUACUACCGAACAGCCUGCUGCCGGUCGUGCAAAAACAAGAACGUGUAAGCGCGCGCAGUGCGCCGGGUGGCGCCGCGUAGGCGCAUCGCCCUCGGUGUCGGCCUCGGACGGAUGCCAGCGCUCCUUUCCAAACAAACCACACCUCCUCCACCUCCUCCUCCCCCUCCCGUCAAAAGCAAACGGAAUCGUUUGCCCCAAAUGUUGUCUUCGCCACCAUUCCAAUAGCGCGCGAGGCGAUCGUUGCGAAGGGAGGCGCCACCAUCCCCGCCGUCGCUGCUGCUGCUGCUGUGAUUGGCGCACACUCAGCCCGCGGUGGUGUCCAGUCGUGGGGGCGGUUUGAGUACCGUCCCUCCCUCUACAUCGGUCUGCCAGUAGGAGGCAGACGCUGCUAUGGGGGUCGAGCCGAGGUCACUCCCAGUGGCAGCUGUCGCUCUACAUCAGUCUGCCAGUAGGAGGGAGAUGCUGCUAUGUGUAAUCCCAAUUGGGCAAUCUGCUGGUACAUUUUCAAAUUGUCACAUUUCCUGAGCACGUCGCGGGCACGCAAUGUGCUACUCUGUUCGGAGAGCGUAACGGGAUCUUGAACUCCACUGCAGCGCAGCAGGCGGCGCGAAUAUUACGGUCAAUGCGCCUGCAUUGUUAACCAGGGCGGCCUGCAACAAGCGGUGAAGGCGGCACCACUGAGCCAUUUCACCAGCCAAUGUCCCGUGCAUACAGUAGUAUCUGCAGACCACGUGAUAACACAACGUGCACGCGCUAUAUGAUGAACAUGUAUUUACUCUCUGCAGUCGGUACAGAAUCAUCGAUAGUGGGAUUGAUAGAACAUUGUCCCCAUAGGUGAAUGAGUACAUUGGUGGUGCUAAUAUAAUUGUGGUCUUUCGACUUUAGUGGUGAAUUCCACAUUACUAUAGCAACGGCCGGUAUUUCAGAGGUAACGAACCACUCGUGGCUAACCAACGACUGGUACAAACACUGCGCAUUUACCACUUGCACACAUAGCCACGGAGCAGUGGUGGUUUGCACACCUCAGCGACCGGCAUUCCAUUCCCGGCCACGGCUAACAUCAGUGGCGAGCAAUUUUAAAACUGGUCCUGGGUCAACCCCUUCAAACAACGCGCAUUGACCAGCGUGGGGAAGUAUGGUCAAACAACUCCCAUGGCCGUUACAGGCAUGGGGGUAAGGCCUGCAUCUAGCAGUGGAUCGACAAAGCGCCGUACAUUAUAAUUAUUGUUUUGUACAGAUAAUUACACACACGCGAUGAUGAUGAUGAUGAUAAUGAUGAUGACUCCAGUUUCUGCCCUGCAACAGAGAGGGUGGAUCUUAAUGGGCAUUCUCUUGGAUAAAUAUUAUUAUAACACGUUGACAUAUAUUCUGCUAAACACAUCAUUUAAAAACCAUCGUUUGAUAUUAUACAUUUAAACGUGAAUUAUUUACGUGAAAAUUAGUCAUUGGCCAUUGCUAUACAUACAUUUGAAAAUUUUAAACUGGUUGAUGUGAGAAUUACGCAAAGCCUCACACAGACCUGAGUUUGUGAUUUCAUUGCGUUCUCAAGAGUAGCGAGUUGAUGUCUCAGCCCACUCACCAGUCACAUAGAGACUCAUAAACUCACAUAGAGACUCAUAGACUCGCAUAGAGACCCAUAGGCUCGCAUAGAGAACCAUAGCCUCACAUAGAGACCCAUAGACUCGAUUAGAGACCCAUAGACUUACAUGGAGACCCAUAGACUCACAUAGAGACCCAUAGACUUGAUUAGAGACCCAUAGACUCGAUUAGAGACCCAUAGACUCACAUAGAGACCCAUAGACUUGCAUGGAGACCCAUAGCCUAACAUAGACCUGACUUUGUGAUUAAACCGGGUUCUCGAGCGUAGCGAGUUGAUGCGUAGGGAUUUGCAGCGUGUGGAAAGGUCGCGUCUGGUGCUUUAAGAGCGCGGUCACUUGAAGGCAAGAGGCACCUCGUGAGACGUCUUCACGGGUGACUCGGAGCAGAACUGUGCCACGGUGAACCCGUAAUCCCGUUCCGGUGGCGUUCCCACGAAAUCACGAGACCCCAACGACGCCGUUGCUCGUCACAUUGCUCGGCCAAUGAUAUCGGUUCAAAGGUCAGCGUGACGUCUGGGCUCGGAUGACCACUGAUGGGCGGUGCUUAUCUCCCGCCCAAGGCACCUGGGUCCGUGGGUGACAAUUCCACAUUUCUACGAGGCUACGAUUAGGACAACCGCUGCCAGCUUCUCCGAUUUUUGUUGUUGAACGACGCCGCCACGGAGCAAUUCUGCUUGCCCCGUGAGGCACGAGGCGGCAUGCCGGGAAGGUGUCCACGAACCCCCUCGUCGCUGGGGCCACCCACCCACCCCCUCCAUCCCCCCUAAAAAUUUUAGUUUAGAAUAAUUUUCAUUUCUGUGCACAUCGACAAAAAAAACCGUUCCCUUUUUUUGUCUUCUCUCUCUAAAGCCCUUGGAAAGUUGUCGGAUAUCGUCCGGAGCCAGCAUCGUCAUGCUCGUUGGCGCUCGACAACUGGUGCUGUGAAACUGACGAAUGAUGCACUGUAGGCGGAUGUGUGCUGCAUUGGUCGACACGAUGGGAGUACCCACAAUUCCAGGUGCAAUAACCGAAGCCCCCCCCCCCUCCACCCCUUAUCCACUGGCUCUCGGAUAAUGGUUUACAUUGGGGGGGGGGGGGUUAACAGCGGCGUCAUUCGUGCAAAGUGCCAGAUCAAAGCUCUGCGCCAGGAAUCCACAGACGAGCGGCAGGACGGCCAGGACCGGCGCCAACAAUUUCCCGAGCUCUGCCGUCCUACAUUGGGAUAUUUGGCCAGCCUCCUUUCACGAGCGUUCUGAAAGAUGCCUCGGUUUCCGUGACCAGUGGGUGAGCAGGCCAAUAUCGAUGGCGGCGCUGGGCCCACGUGGCAUGGCCACAGGCUCAGUGACUCCCCCCCCCCCCAGCAGCUCACGGGGAAAAAUUCGUAAAUUUUGUCAUCGAUUCAAAAUGUUCCAGUUUCAUACUCAGCUCAUGGGAGGGGCUGCCGGAGUAGUGGGAGGGGCUACCUGAGUAGAGGGCGGAGCUUCACGAGUCGUGGGUGGGGCUAGCAUCGUGGUUGUGGGGGCGUAUUCAGCGAGUGGAGGUGAACAUGAGAGACCAUUCGCCCUGUGGGAGGAGAUGGUGCUUGAGUGGCCAGAAAUGUUGUAACUUUAGAUCGCUAAACUUGAUUUGAAGCUUUCGUGACUGCAGGAAUCCAUACUCUUUGGUUCUUUAAGUAAAUAUUUUUUUUCUUGCUGUGGUGUUCCCACCUGAUUACGAUUGCUUGUGUUGCGAUCGAAACGUCGUGAUUUGUUUUAUUGUAUCUUAUAUUAUUUUAUUUCUACCUACGUGACUUUACCUAAAGAACCAAAGAGUUUAGAUCGCUACGCAGCAAGAAUUGUGCCUCCAUCAAUCAGUCCAUCACUGGAGCGCAGUCGGCAAGGAGGAGAGAGCCCGGGUCACGUGUGGCUCUGCCAAGGGAUACACAAACAGGGUCUCCUUCACCAAGUCAAAUUACGUAUCCGUCCAUCAGCCUUACGGGGCCUCCCGAACCGAUAUUUUUCAGCAGAAUUUGCUUGCGCGGGCAUUCAACGAGCCCAUGCCAUGCUGACUGAUGAGAAUAAGAAAGCCGAUCCAGGCGAGGGUUUAGGCUGCUUCAACAAAACGCUACUGCAAAACGUGGGUAGAGAAAUGCCCCAUGGAGACCGAUGGACUGCAAUGUGCCUUGAUUCAUUGAGGUGGUGAAACAUACCUUCGCGUAAGUCAUUUGCAUGAGAAAUCGCUCGGAAUCCACCACACCGGCGCGUAACUAAAUGCUGUAACGUCCCCCCCCUCCCUCCCCCCUGUAACAAACUUUUCUUUAUAAAUGCAAAAGGUGACUUGCACGCACUCCUCCACACUGCGCUGCGGUGCCAAUAUUCUCACUUUAAUCAAAUGUUUGUAAGAUGGGAGGGGGGGGGUAGGUGGGUUUGGGGGGGUACAAAAGGGUACAAACAAAACUCCCAGGCCUCGCACAAGAGAGGGCCCUGCGUGUAGUUGUGAAUGAAUCAAUGAGAGGGCCCUUCCAGGAGCCUCCGGGGGGGGGGGGGGGGGGCCUUGGAUGGGCACUGCACAGGCGCUGCUUGACCUCUGCUGUGCUGAACGCCUGGCUUCUGUGAAUUGUGGGAUUCCUUAGGAUAGAUAAAUUUAAGUUAAUGGCAGAAUAGUGAAUUUCGAUGUAUAUUACAUUAUGAGCCAUUAACAGUGUUGUAAGUUGUAACAAAUAUAUAAAUAUAUUUACGUGUUUGUUUUCCUUUCUUGCGUUCUUUUACCAUAACGCAGUCAAAUUAGGGCGUGCAAUUAAUGCAAUGCAACAAUGGUGACGGUUCAAAAAAAUGUGCUCAUCUUAUAUCUCUCGGUGACGUUCGUCCAAUUGCAUUAAUGAAUCCGACGCCACGUGUUAUAGUUGGAAAAAAUUCUCACUGCUAUGCGCAUUGGUGCAGCGUGGAAGCUAAGCUAAUAACGCAGCAGCAAUUUGAACGCGGUUACCCUGUCGAGAAUUACAACUCAACAGCAGCCGUGAACGAUUGCACACAAUGUGGGUGCUAUAAGUGGCAACAAUACAUGGCAACGUAUUGCUCCAUACAAACUUGACUUUAAUUGACAACUUGAAUCUGAUAUCUUGAAAUUCAACACUUGCUUAUAAGGGACAACCCAAAGCAUAUAUGUGUUUCUGUGACGGGGAAAAGCUAAUGACGUUCCAUAUGACGGUAUACUGCUUGUGGUUUGAAUGUUUGACGACCUGCGACAGUUUCCAGACAGAGCCGUUUACAAAGUGUUCAGAUCGCUCUUGAAAUCGUGCAACUUAAAUCAUCGCCUCUGUAGCUGCUUUGUCCACAUCUUGAGCGAGUAGUUGCGCAAACACAGGGCGUGGCCGGGCGUGGCUAAUGUGUCUGGCCAGGACCCUUGUGAGCAUCGCCCUUACCCUCUCCUGGUGACCUUCAUCCCCCCCCACCCCACCCAUCGGGAUUAUAAGAGCCAAUCAUAGUUAGCAAAUGUGCCCCACGGUGAUGAAAUGCGCCGCUGCAAAUCGCUUGACAGAUCGUUGCUUGAGAAGCGUCUGCGUCUCUACGGUGAGCAGCACCAGCUCGUGCAACCGGUUGCGGAGGCAUCCACGUGCAAGCGAAUCGGUUGCAUGCGCCCGAUUUGCGCAGCUGAUUAUUUGCUCAGUUGCGGACCCGGCUUUUACAGAGAUCCACAUUGCACGACCCAUCGUGACGUUUAGUUCCAUCGCUCAAGACGUUCUACUUGAAGGUGCAUGAAAAGCAGAGACGCUUUGAACGUUUUUGGCUUUCGUUAAGCACCAGCUUUGUCAAUGUGUUCAAAACACUGCGGUGUCAUUGUGUUGGUGGUGCUACGAUAUUUCCCACGGUAAAAUAUUGUUUUUUUACCGCGGUGAUAUCACGAACUAAAAUGUUGCGAUACCCACAUAUCCUGCGAUUGCAUUCCACAACAGUAAAUUUGUUCUCACUGAAAACACUUGUAUCGGCCAGGUGACCCAGGCAUGUCUCUGCAACACAUUGUGUGAUUGUAUUUGGGUUGUCCUUUUAACUAAUCGAUGCGCCGGCAUGCAUUGGGUCGUGGGCAACUGCAUUCUUCAAUACGAACCGUGUCCUCGUUUCAAUAAAUUGCCUCGCGUCCGCAACUGGUGCAGUUUAAACAAGCGGCCUGUAGCAAGCGAGAACCCGAUAUAAUGUCGCUGACAAUUUGCUGUAUGGCAUUGACAGGCCUAAUCGGAACUCAAGCCAUAGCAUGAAUGCUUGGGUGCACACGCAAAUAUUUAAUUCCACGUUCACCGAUUCAAACACAUUUCCCGAUUUAUCGGUGAUUUGUUAACUGCUGGUGCUCACGAUGUUUUAUUUCUGUCGAUGGAACUGUCUUGACAAAUGUACAGACCCAUCAGAUUUUUUCACACACAGUGGAAACAUGCUUACAAGCUGUAAACUUGAACUAGAAACUGCAUACUUUGAAGAACUGUGUCACGUGUGAAUUUUUAAAAUGUGUUGAAGCUAUGCGAGCCCACUAUGGGUUGCCGGAUGGAAAAUGUCAUGCACAAUACAAGAUUUUUGUUUUUUCGAACACCUCUUUUUUCCACUGCACAACCGAUCCGUGCCGGGGCGGUGCCGAAGCUAGCCCGGUGCGGCUUCGGGGGGAGCGCCCCGGUUGUUUUUCCACCGCAGAACCCGAGCUGCGCAGCUGACAUCGCAUG